UUAUCGUAUAUAAAUCCAACAGGGCCCAAAUAUACAAAGAGCUCUCCAGAUUCAUAUUUGCGAGAGACAGUCUGUCUCAUCUCGCCUGUGGGCUGCUUCUUGUAACUCUCCUUUUUCUUCUUCCUCUGCAUUUCUUGGGUUCUCAGAUAUCUGCUUCUUCUGCCCCCCAGAAGCUGCUUUUCCAUGGCUUCCAUUGUUGAAUCUGGCUGGAGGUGUUAGCCCAUGAUGCUUGGAUGUGAAGUAAUACAGAUUGAAGCGGACAGAGAACUUACUGUACCUGGAGUAUCUGAUCACAAAUUUCAACGACUUUCAACUGGCAUGUCUAGGAAGUUUCUUUCUCCAUGAAAGUGUUUUCUUCUUAUCUGGACUCCCUUUUAUAUAUCUUGAGAGGGCAGGAUGGCUGAGCAAGUACAAGAUUCAGACAAAAAAUAACAGCCCUGCAGCCCAGGAGAAAUGUAUUACUCGCCUAGUCCUGUAUCAUCUUUGUGUCAAUCUGCCAGUUAUGAUUGCUUCAUAUCCUGUCUUCAAAUUCAUGGGCAUGCGGAGUAGUCUUCCAUUGCCGUCCUGGAAAGUUGUUUCCACUCAGAUCAUUUUCUACUUCAUCCUCGAGGAUUUUGUAUUCUAUUGGGGACAUAGGGUUCUGCAUACAAAAUGGCUGUACAAGCAUGUGCACAGUAUCCAUCAUGAGUAUGCUACACCAUUUGGACUGACUUCUGAAUAUGCUCACCCAGCCGAGAUAUUAUUCCUUGGCUUUGCCACCAUUAUUGGUCCUGCCAUUACUGGGCCCCACCUAAUUACUCUGUGGUUAUGGAUGGUACUUAGAGUGCUGGAGACUGUCGAGGCACAUUGUGGUUACCAUUUCCCAUGGAGCCUCUCAAACUUUUUACCUUUGUAUGGAGGCGCUGAUUUUCACGACUACCAUCACCGUUUGCUUUACACCAAGUCUGGCAAUUAUUCAUCAACUUUUGUUUACAUGGACAGGUUAUUUGGAACUGAUACAGGUUACAGAAAGCUGAAAGCGCUGAAGAAAGCCGGAUUAGAAGAUGACGGCAAGGAAAUGUGAUGUGGGAGCCAGAAUUUUUAUGAACCAACUGGACAUGAGUAAAUCGGUUCUUUGAUUUAUCGGCAGUACUGAAGAUGUUUGUGUCUGCCCCCGCCUCAUCGUGUAUUCAACCGCAUUUUUGUGUUUGAUUUCUUUCUGAUUUAGAGCUUAUGUUAGUGUGGAAUCAGUGGAAAUGCUUGAUGGACAUUUGUGCGCUCCUAUUUCUUACAUGAAUGAAGAAGUUGCCCUUUUAUUC